AUGAAGCCGCCCCUCGGGAUAGUUCUGGUGUGUCUGCUGUGCUCGAGAGAUUGUCUCUGCGCACCCGCUUGGAAGGACAAAAGUGCUGUUGCUGGAAACCUGGAGAGUCUUUCUGAGUCCGAGGAGACGGAGGCCAAUGAAGAGGUGAAGAAGGCGUUGAUUGGGAUUAAGCAGAUGAAAACCAUGAUGGGAAGAAGGGCGGAAGAACACACCAGUCUAAUGAAAACCCUGCGGAAAUGCAGAGCAGAAAAGCAGGAGGCCCUGAAACUUAUGAACGAAGUUCAAGAACAUCUGGACAAGGAAGAGCGGCUCUGCCAGGUGUCUUUGACGGGUUCCUGGGAUGAAUGCAAGACUUGUCUGGAAAGUCGUUGCUUGAGCCACUAUACGACCUGCCAGUCUGGCUGGUUCUCCGUCCAAAACACGAUUGAGCAGUUUUUCACAAUGAUCCAUCGUUUUUUGUUUCCUUUCCAUGAUGAUCAUGAAAGAGCUGUUCCCACAAUUGAAAAGCACAUCGAGGAAGAUGAAGAAGUGGUCCAGCUUGAGGGAGUGUUCAGCCAGUUGACUGUGGACAUGGCCUCUCUAUUCAACAGAAGUUGCAAUGUCUUCAAACAGAUGCAGCAAGAAUUUGACAAGGCUUUUCAAUCAUACUUCAUGUCUGAUACAGACUUAGUUGAACCUUAUUUUGUUCCAGCUUUAGCCAAAGAGCCAAAGAAGAAAGAUCUUCCGCCGACUUGGGACAUCCCCAACUUCUUCCAGCUGUUCAGUAAUUUCAGUCUCUCGAUUUAUGAAACUGUCCGUGAAACAAUGGCUGGGGUGCUGAAUGCUGUAGAGCACUUAACAAAACAAGACAGAGAGCCCCGACUGGGAGGCCUGACGUCCAGCAGGGUUCCUGUGCCCGGCGGAGGGCUGGGCGGACACCUGGACCAGAAUGUGUCAGAGUGUUUCCAAUUGCACGAAAGAUGUCAAAAAUGUCGAGAUUCCUUGUGGGGAGGCUGUCCCAGUGUACCUGUACUGCACAUCGAAUUCAAUGAGGCUGCGAAACUGGUCAACGUAUCCAACCAGCAAUAUGCGCAGAUCCUCCAGAUGACCCAGGCUCACUUGGAAGACACCACAUUCCUGAUGGAGAAGACGAGAGAGCAGUUUGGCUGGGUAUCUGAGCUGGCAAACCAGAUUCUGGCAACUGAGAAUACCUUCAGUCCAAUACAGGUAGCGCCAAGUGUUCAUGAAGAAAAAACUUUGAGAUAUGAUGAAACAAUGGUAGAUUUAAGCAUUCUGCCUUCCCGUAAUUUCACACUCAAGAGCGAAGAGAGUGCUGAGAGUUCUACCUCUAUUGGCCACGUGGUGGCGAAAGUUCUGCAGCAUCUUAAGGAACAUUUUAAACCUUGGUAA